UGGCAAGACCCAUCCAAUGGGCCCGUCACAGAUGGCAGCAAGUCGCACAAACAGAGAAACAGCAGCAAUGAAACCCAGAGGUGUGCCUCAGUGCCACAAUCAUGCCUAAACUUCUGCAGAAAUACCGACACGGGGAGCGCCACUCCUAAACAUAGGGUUGUUGUCCCAUACCUGGAUCAGUUCAGGGAUGAGUAUGAAAAGCUAACUAAAGGCUAUAAGAACAACAAGAUCCGAACCACUAAUUACACUCUACUGAACUUCAUACCACGGAACCUAUUCGAACAAUUCCACAGAGCAGCCAACCUGUACUUCCUUUUUCUGGUCUUCUUGAACUGGGUGCCACUGGUGGAAGCUUUCCAGAAGGAGAUCACUAUGCUCCCCCUGCUCGCCGUCCUCACCAUCAUCGCUAUCAAAGAUGGACUGGAAGACUAUAGAAAGUAUAAGCUGGACAAGGUCAUCAACCAUUUGUUGACUCAGGUGUACUGUAGGAAGGAGAAGAAAUAUGUAGAGUGCUACUGGAAAGAUGUUAAGGUGGGGAAUUUUGUCAAGCUCCAUUGUGACGAGGUUAUCCCUGCUGACAUGGUGCUGCUACACUCCUCAGAUCCCGAUGGGAUUUGUCAUAUAGAGACAUCGAGCCUUGAUGGAGAAACAAACCUGAAACAGAGGCAGGUGGUGAAAGGAAGUGUCAUGGAUUGUGAGUUUGAGCCUGAGAAGUUUUCAAGCAGAAUACAGUGUGAAAUGCCCAACAGUGACAUUGGCAGGUUCAAGGGAUUCCUUGAAAGGCCACAUUCAGACAAGGAAAAAAUCGGACUGAAUAAAGAAAACCUUUUACUGAGAGGAUGCGUUGUGAGGAAUACAGAAGCUGUCAUUGGUAUUGUAGUAUAUGCAGGACAUGAGACAAAAACAAUGCUAAAUAACAGCGGACCAAGAUACAAGCGCAGUAGACUGGAGAGACAGCUUAACUCAGAUAUAUUGUGGUGUGUUCUCCUUUUGUUGACAAUGUGCCUGGUUGGAGCAAUUGGGCAUGGGAUCUGGCUGAUGCAUUUUCCUGAACCUCCAAUUUUUAGCAUUCCCGAACCCAGCGGAGCGCACACCCCUCCAGCACUGGCUGCCUUUUACAUGUUUUGGACAAUGAUAAUCCUACUGCAGGUGUUGAUUCCAAUCUCCCUCUACGUCUCUAUUGAAAUUGUUAAACUGGGG